AUCAGCUUCGCAAUCCGGUUUCGGAAUGUGUUACCGCAGCCAAUGACGAGCGACGGUUUCAGCCAGUCACGCCCACCACCGUUGCCAUCGAGCAGAGAAGAGAUGUUUUUGUUGUGCGUCGAUACUUACAGCUUCAGAAAAGACGCCGGUUUUUUUUCGUAUUAAGUUUACUGGGCGAGAGAGCGUAUCAACAGAUAUUAAAUUAAUUAUCUCGCCUGACCAGUCUCCUAAGAUAAUGGACGUCAGCGUCUCCGUGUCGUUCUUUCAAGACGAGCUCGCCUCUACCAUCGAGCACGCAGUGAAAGCGGCUGUAGACACCGUCUUGUGCCAAAUCACAAAAGUUGUCGGCGGCAAAUUCACUGAAUUCCAAAUGGAAAUGGCUGGAAAGGAGAAAGAGAAUGAAAGUCUGAAGCUGAGAUUGGAAAUAUCAGAGAGCGAGUUGAAAGCGAUGCGUCUGUGCGUCAGCGCUGCGGAUGCAAACAUCAAACAAGCCCUGGGAAACAUGAACACGGACUGCAAUGAACAAGACCAUCCGAGGAUUGAGAGCCAGAGGUUAUUCAACAGAGUUAAAGAUUCCAGAGAGAGACGCUCUUUGCUUGAAUCCGAGUCGGGACUCGAGGAAGGGUGUGUUUACACCCCACAGGAGGGCUUGCAUCAGGAUUGGGGUGUUUCUCAAAUGCGUGCCGCGGAUCUGACGUCUGUCGAGAGUGAAGCGGUCAAAGAGGAGAACCCGGAACUGGACUUUAUCGUCAUCAAAGAGGAGACCCCAGAAGUGGAAUACAUCUCCAUCACGGGAGAGGUUUCUACAGAGAGGGACUUCCACGAAUUACAGGAGAGCAGCCUCUGUGAGGAUCCUGAACUGAUCUGCAUGAAACCCAAUCAGCCUGUCUCUGAAGACACUGGUUCUAGUGUUGGAGAAGAGGGCACUGUGCUGGGGUCCAUUCAGAGGAAACAUCACCCCCCUCAGGAAAGAGCUGCAGAUGGAAAGGAGGAAGGAGCGAUGCCGUCCACGAGCAGCACAGCAUAUGGGAGCAGUGAGGAAGCACCAGCGGAUCCACACGGGAGAGAAGCCCUAUCAAUGCACGGAGUGUGGGAAGAGCUUCAACGAGCUGGGGAACCUGCGCAAGCACCAGCGGAUCCACGCGGGGGUCAAACCCUACCACUGCACCGUGUGCGGACGCAGGUUCGUGCAGUCCGAGCACCUGAAGAAGCACAGGAGGACCCACACGGGAGAGAAGCCCCAUCGCUGCCCGCGGUGCUGGCAGGGCUUCGCGGACUUGCACAGGCUGAAGAGCCACCAGUGCAGCCUGACCAGCGCGUGAGAGCAAGCGAGCAAGCGUUUGCUCCACACCAGAUGAAAAAGGGGCUAGUUUUUUUAGUUCGCUUGAGAUUUGGAACCUCUUGGAAUGAACUCUCUUGUCCGACAACCUCCACAGAAUUUUACUGGACUGUUCUACUUUCUACCCAGUUCAAGAUGGGGCUUUUUUUCCACUCAAAACAUCCUGAAAUGUUUUAAUUUGUGUACACUACCUCCUUCUAUAUAUAUUAUUAUUUAUUUGUUUAUUUAGCAGACGCCUUUAUCCAAGGCGACUUACAGAGACUAGGGUGUGUGAACUAUGCAUCAGCUGCAGAGUCACUUACAACUACGUCUCACCCGAAAGACGGAGCACAAGGAGGUUCAGUGACUUGCUCAGGGUCACACAAUGAAUUGAGGUGGGAUUUGAACCGGGGACCUCCUGGUUACAAGCCCCUUUUCUUUACCCACUGGCCCACACAGCCUCCUCUAUAUCAUUACACAUACAGCAGUGUGCAACCACGUUGCUGCCGUAGACUUGAUUUGUCGUGCUGAUGAAAUCGAGCCGCUGGGACCGAGCAUCUGGGGAAAGAGGUGGUCUCUGUGUGAAGACGUGUCUCCUGCCCUCUGUCCUGAGUCUCCACUUCAUGUCCUCACUGUGUGUCUCUGCUCCUAGUUCCUGUGUUUUAAAAUGUAGAAAGCAUUGCCCUGAAAUCGCGUUGUGUUCUCUGUACGCCUUACAUUAUACACAGAUAGAAAUCUAUACAGGACAGUAGAGCUAUCGAAUAGAUCAUGGUGCCUCAUUAACAUCCCAUGAUACUGCGUGGCACCUUCCAUAUGCUGCACACACUUCACAGAAAUGAAUCCGUCUUCAAUAUGCAGUUUGUGGAAGCUUCCCUCUUCAGUCGAUCGACGAGGAGUGGAGUUGACAUCUCCUGCGUUUCAUUUUCACAGGUCUACAGCGCUGGCUGACCAAAAGUUUAGCAUCGCCUAGAAUUUUAGGAUUGAAACGUAAUUAGAAUAUAUAUACAUGAACAUAAUUUAGAUCUUUAUUUUCAACAUCAUGUCAUCAAAGGAAACCGGGUAAUAGUAUUUCAUUUUAGAUUUUGAAGUGUCACAUGUUAACGGGACAUGAGUCAGCGGGUUCCACUGGACUUUCUGAAGCAGAAUGAGUUCAUUCUAGGAGUUAGCUCCUAGGUUCGGUUCUGUCUAUUCUCCUCCUGUCUUUGGUCAAUAUAACAUGUUUGGUUUUUUUUCACAGAGACCUAGCGUCACACUGCAUUGCUUUUUAACGGGCGGGUAUGUGCUGUUUCCGACACAGCCAAGUGUCCGUCAUAGCGAUGUCUGUAUUAUCGAAAAUAGCGAGAGAGAAAAUAACUAUGCUGGUGCUAAAGUGUUUAAUUGUAUAUCGUUUCUGUUUUAAUAAAGACAUUUACACACA